AUAGAAUUCUACCUUUACCUCUCCAAGAGAAAGACAGAGAAAAAAGGGAAAGAAAGCAAUCUUAAGGAAAAGGAAUUGUUCCUAUUCCAAGAAAGAAAGAUGAAACUGCACCUGCUCUGCGUUGUCUUCAUUCUUCUCUGUGCCGCCGUCCAAAAUCUCCAUGCCUUCACAUUUCAGUCAGAUGUCCAGAAAGACACAGCCACCUUGGCAGAACCAGUGGCAGAAACUUCUGGAUUGCAGCAGGGUUUGUUACGGAGACUGAAGCGCCACAACUCCCACAUCUCCAUCUGCACUUACUGCUGCAACUGCUGCAAGAACAAGGGCUGUAGCUUUUGCUGCCGGACAUGAAGUGGCCCAAAACCUCCACGGUUGACUGUUGCUCCCUAUUGUUCCAUCACACACACACACACACCAACCUCAACAUCCUUGCUCUUGCUCCCUUCCCCUGACACAUCUUCUGUAUUUAUUAAUUUGACAUUCUUUUUGAUGCAUUUGUUUGCUGUGUACAUUGUUUCUUUGUUACUCGGAAUUAAAAGUGUUUUUACCUCA